AUGAACAAUAGUUAUCCUCAUCCUCAACAGCCCUCGCUUCAGACGCCUUUGUACGAUUCAGAAUCAAAACCCCCAAAUAUGAACACCUACAUCGAUUCCUCUUCAGGUCAAUUACCGUACAAAAUUUCAACCACCCCAUCAACGGAAAAGGUAGCACAGAUCUCCCAAGAAUUAAACCUUCUUGUAUCAUCGAACUUUGGUACAUCCGAAUUUUGCCAACAAUCCUCCUUGUCUCCAUCAGAAGCUGCAACAGCUUCCUACUCCCAAACUAACGAAUUGUCACGGUCAGCUAAUGGAGAAAGGAAUUUCAGAACGGCCUCGCACCUGUCUCUCCCGGCGUGUUGGCAAGGAGCCCCACUAAGUUCUGUUCCCUCCCCGUCGGCCAGUUUAAUCCUCAUUCGGGAACUUCAACAAAGGAAUGUAGAAUUGGCAACACUGUUGGAGCAGAGGAAUGAAACCCAUGACAGAUCAGUCGCCAAAGUUGCCUCCCUGCGCGACCAACUGCACCAGCUGAAACUCUCCACAGACGAGGAGAAGAGGAACCUCGAAUUAUCUACGCAACGUGAACUUGCCAAAGCGAGGGACCAGGUCCGAGCGCAUUCCCAGACGGUGGGAGCUCUUGUCGCCGAGAAGACGGAGCUCCAGGCAAAGCUGGCUCACGUCGAGCGCGUGGCAGAGCAGAGGUCGCGAGAAUUGCAGGAAAUGGCUUCGAACAGAAACGAGUUGCAUGCGAAAUUGCAGGAACUCGAGGACAGGGUGCACCUCGCCACUAGCUCCUCCGAGCACAGCGACUCGGCGAAGCAGGAGGCCCUGCGACAGCUAGAACAAUGGAGGAGUGAAGCGAAGCGAGAAAACGCCUUUCGGACGAGACUCGAGACGGAGCUCAAAAAUCGCGACAGCAAACUUUCUCGGCUUGAGUCUGAGUUGAUGAAACUCACCUCGUCGAAUGAGGAUCUGAGAAGACAGCUUGAAGUAUCUAUGGUAAGACUUGUCGCUGCUGCUCACUUUCCUUCUCGUGGCAUCCCGCAAAAACAGACCUGGCAAGCAUGCCUCUUCUGGUGGUCCAUUCACAAAACGUGCGUUGUCCGUGAUGGUCAACCACCAAUGGGAGAACAGGCCUUCUCGAGGCCAGGGACAGUCCCUGAACGAGGUACCGCUGCUGCACCACUCGGAGCACCAACGACACCCACAUCGAGGUGUGGUCGGUGCGAAGCCUUCCAAUCCCGUAUUCACGAUCUCGAAACCAUGGAAAUACAAACAUCCGCGGACAAGAGCCGUCUGGAGUCGCAGUACAAGACCUACGUCUCCGAAAUGGAGACGCAGGUGAAGAAUCUUCGUGGAGAGGUCGAAACGGCCAACACGAGGAGCGAGACUUUGCAGCGAUCGCUGGAUGAACUGCGGCGACAGCUAACACUUAAGGACAGUGAGCUUACAAAGGCCGUGAGCGAAUUUGAGCGGUUAAAAUCGCAGCUGCAGUUGCAGGAGUCCACGGUUAAAUCCGCCGACCCGCCUCCUGUAACCGACAAGGCCAUCCUGGAGUCGGUCAUGUACAAGGACUUGGAAUUAACGGCUAACGCGCUAAGAAGCAAGGUGAAUGAGCUGUCGACACGGCUCAGCGAGACGGAGGAGAGUCUGUCUGUUGCUGAGGCGCGUCUGGGCGAUCGGGAGGAGGUCCUGGCCAAGGCCAAUUCCGAAAGAACCGCUCUCAGUCGCGCCAUGGACCAGAAUGCCAAGCUGAAGGACCAGCUCACCGCGCUUCAUGAUGCACUGGAACACGUUAACAAGGAGAAUUCUGAAGCGCAGACUGCGUUGGCCAAACUCCAGGCCUCUGCCGAAGAGACUGUUGACCUUCGCAAGAAAUGCGAACGCCUGGAAGCGGAGUUGGCGGCCGUCCGCCUGGAGACCACCUCCAAGUCCCCGCUCGAGGACGAGCUGCGUGCCAGCCUGGCUGCCGCCGACGCGCGCUCCCAAGCCCUCGCUCAACAGGUGGACGCGCUUCGCGCCUGCGAAGCCGAGCUGGUUGCCGCGCGGGCCGAGUGCGCGGCGCUGCGGGCGGCGCUGGAAAAGGCCGAGCGUGAGUGCGCCAUGAAAGCGGACGCCCUGGUUGUCGGAGAAGCAGAGCCCAAGCUCAUCUUUCUCGUUGUUACCGGUAGGUAUUGUCCCGGUAGCCUUGGGGUGACCUUGUUCCAGUACUCCACUCUUCGUAUCGGGAGGCUUUUUAUCGCGGUUGUCAGUGACCGCGUUAUUGAUGCUACUGCAGGUCCUGCGCCACCGAUUGGCUUGGAUGAAGGCAAAGUCGAGGUUGAAACCCUUCGUCAGGCCGUUCAAGACUCGGACAAUAAGGCGCAGCAGGUGGCAGCCCUUGAAAGGGAAGUCGACAGCCUCCGCCUCCUCUCCACCAGCCAAGCCGCCACCAUUGUCUCGCUCGAAGAGGCUCUUGCAGCCACCAAAGGUAGUGACAAGCAUACACCUAAGCGAGAUUCCGAAGUUCAAGUUGGUGCCCAACGUCGUGAUGCCUACGCGUCCUGUAUGUGCCAGACGGAACUCAGCAUUGUCAAGUCGGAGGAGACCCUGUCGAAGCUCCGACAAAGCCUGUCGGAAUCCAAGACAAAUUAUGCGCAACUGGAGGAGCGUUUCAAGCAGAUGACCGAUCGACUGGCCGCGAGUAACGAGGAGAAAUCGCGACUUGAAGCGAUCGUGGCUCAGCUGGAAAUGGAGUCCUCUACGAUUGGCGAGUACAUCACCAUGUUCGCCCACCGCCGCCAGCUUCAACUCAAAAGGGCUAGAAUAAGGGACGCUCUCCUCGCAAGACUGGUGCGCGAUCGGAACGAGUUGCGAAAACGUCUGCAAGCCCUUUCUUCGUUGGCUAAAAGUGUGACUUCUUCCUUAUCGGACGAGGACAAUUCUCUUUCAGAAAACCAUGUUCAUCACCCAACACUGACAACACUCGAAAAGGAGUUGUCAGACUUCCUCGCUGACCUGGACACCUCGUCGCCCCCCGAGGACAUCCACAGCGACGACGACGCCGACGACGACGGAGAUGUCGAGGCGGGCGGUGGCGGUGGUUUGGAGGGCCGCCACCGACCCCCCACCUCCCUCGACGACCAACUCCGCCAGCUAGCCGCCACGACCCACGACUGCCCCCACUGCUCUGGCACGGCUAGUUGGCGUCAUCGUCGAUGUCUUUCAUCAAUUAGGCUGUUGACUUUCUUCAAGAGCCCCCUCUUUUCACCCGCCUAA